AUGACAAAUCGGGCUCCUGGAUCGGCCUCCGCUUCGGCGAGUACGACCAACUCGCAAGGUGUUCUCAUGGUUGGACCCAACUUUAAGGUCGGCAAGAAGAUCGGCUGUGGAAAUUUCGGAGAGCUGCGCCUUGGGAAGAAUUUAUAUAAUAAUGAACAUGUAGCGAUCAAAUUGGAACCGAUGAAGAGUAAAGCUCCCCAACUCCAUUUGGAGUACAGAUUCUAUAAGCUUCUCGGGCAGUCAGAAGGCUUACCACAAGUGCAUUAUUUUGGACCUUGUGGUAAGUACAACGCACUGGUCAUGGAGUUACUUGGCCAUUCGCUGGAAGAUCUGUUUGAUCUUUGUGACAGGCAUUUCUCAUUGAAAACGGUCGCAAUGGUCGCCAUGCAGCUGAUUUCAUCCAUCUUUCUCACAGGAAAACACAUCCCAUACCGAGAACACAAGUCAUUAACUGGUACGGCACGGUAUAUGUCCAUCAAUACCCAUCUCGGCAAGGAACAAUCACGGCGAGAUGACUUAGAAGCCCUCGGACACAUGUUCAUGUACUUUCUCAGGGGUAGUUUGCCAUGGCAAGGUCUAAAGGCAGACACAUUGAAAGAGAGGUAUCAAAAGAUUGGAGAUACAAAACGGCAAACAGCCGUCGAGGUGUUAUGUGAGGGAUUCCCAGAGGAAUUUGCUCAAUAUCUCCGUUACUCACGACGACUUGAUUUCUUUGAAACACCAGAUUACGAUUACUGUUAUAAUUUAUUUAAAGCUGUACUUGAUCGAUUAGGAGCCAGUUAUGAUUACGAGUUUGAUUGGACGCCCAAGCUCAAUAAUGUGGCAGACACAUUGAAAGAGAGGUAUCAAAAGAUUGGAGAUACAAAACGGCAAACAGCCGUCGAGUCAGCGGUAUGCUUUUCAGAGGAAUUUGCUCAAUAUCUCCGUUACUCACGACGACUUGAUUUCUUUGAAACACCAGAUUACGAUUACUGUUAUAAUUUAUUUAAAGCUGUACUUGAUCGAUUAGGAGCCAGUUAUGAUUACGAGUUUGAUUGGACGCCCAAGCUCAAUAAUGUGGUUAGCAUCAUUCAGUUUUUAUCUUAA